CUCGUUUUGAAUCGGUCGACUGAUUCCCCAUAAAACCCACAUUCCGCCUCAAAUCCCCGCUAUAUACCUUUUCUCACUCUAAGAAAAGGCCUAAUCUCAAAUGAGAUAUUCUUUUGACAUUUCCCGCUCUUUUCCCUCAUCUCUCUUUAGAUACCAGAACCCUCGCCUUCAUCGCCGGAAUUUCCUCUACCUAUCUCGCCGGAAUCCUCACUCAUCGCCGGAAUUCCACUUUUUCCGUUAACACCGUUAUCAAUCUACCGAUUUCUCCGGCCACUGCUUCGAGUUUGCUCUCUCCUCAGAAAGAGCACCUAGACCCCAUAGACUUACUCCUCUAACCAUGGGUUUGAGGUUUGUUGAAUGGGGUAUGACGCGACAUUGCACCAGUUUCAGCCUCUGGCGAGGCAGAGCUCCAUCUUCAAUCUUGCCAUAGAGGAGUUGCAGAGCCAUGGUGGUGACCUCUCAAAAGCCUUGACCACCAUGAAUAUUGACGAGUUCUUUAAGGGUGCUUGCCCUUCUUCCGAUGAAGCCCCUGGUUCAAACUCAGGAGUGGCUGUCACUCUAGAGGACUUCCUCCAAAGAGCUGCUGGCCUGGUCGAUGAAAACCUCAAUGCACCAGCCAUGAGUCCUGCAACUAAUACAUUGCCAUUGAUGGGGUUUAACCAGGCCCAAGCUCUAAGUGGACAGGGACUCCAUGGCCAACCAGCUGAGUUUUUACAGUACCCUAUGAAUGUCCCUUCAAUAGAGCAACAACAAGGAUUGAUGGUCUCCUAUGGGGCACCGAUGCAUGUUUCUGGAGCUUAUGGGGUAGGAGGAAGCGUGCCAUUAAUGGAUGCAGGGUAUGGAGAAAUGCCUUUGCCUGUGCCUUCUCCUAUGAUGGGUUUCUCUUCUGAUACUCAAACACCGAGGCAGAGGUGGCAUGUUGCAGAUGAGGUGUUGGAUAAAGCGGCAGAGAGAAGGCAGAAAAGGAUGAUAAAGAAUAGGGAGUCUGCUGCUCGAUCUCGAGCAAGGAAGCAGGCUUAUACAAAACAAUUGGAGCAUGAACUUUCAAAGUUGAGGACAACAAAUGUGAUGCUCAAGAAGAUUACGGUUGCAGGUUGUAGAGUGCAGCUAGUAGCAUUGAAGUCGAAAUGCUUCUGGAUUCUGUACCACGUAUGGAGCCGAGAUACCAGCUAAGGCGUACUAGUUCAGCACCAUUCUGAAUGAGUCAUUUUCCUAAUUCAUUUUUUCGCAUAGCAAGCAAUCACAACAGAAGGCAUUGAUCUUACUCAAACUAAUUCAACUAAGUAGGAAACUUGGCCCUGGCAAAAUCCAUCUGAGAACACGCUUAAACUGACAGCGGGUGUAAAGGAAAGGAUCGACAAUAUUCUUCUCCUUCAAGGGGCUUUGGAAGCUAGGUCUCUCUCACUCUCCCCCAUCCCCUCUCCCCCCUCCCUCCCCCUUCCCACCUCUUUCCCACCAGGGAGAUCUUUUUAGGCUGCUAGUCAUCCUCAGUUUAAGCAUGUUCUUGGACCAUGCAGCCAUUGCUAGCUUUCAUGGAAAGCAAAUCAUGUUACCAGACAUUAUUUUUUCAUCUCAUCAUUCAUAAUCAAUAUUUUGGAUGAGUUAUCUUGCUAAAAAUUGAUUUGAAAGGAUGAGUUGUCUUGUAGCCAUUUUUUGGAUGAGUUAUCUUAUCAUUCAUCAGAUCCAUGAUCA